AUGACGUCUACCCCGUCAGCCGAGGAUUUAUUACGCGCGGCGUCGCAAGGAUUUGAUCACCUCUUUGCAAAUGAUAUCGACGCAGCCCAGAAGGUGUUUGAACAUGAGGACUCUCCUUUUCACUUAUUAGGACUUGGCGUCGUCGCAUUUCUGCAGGCAGCCCUUGGUAUGGAGACGGGUCUAAUGGACGAAGCUACUCGUUGCCUUACGGCUUCGGAAGCAGGCGCCAAGAAACAAGCACGGGCGGCAAAGUCAUUACCUUCAAUACAUCGAUUCGACGCUGGAAUGGAGUGGGAGGUCAUGCAUGCCGAUGCCGUUGUUCUGCUUGGCUUAACUCAUGCACUGGGCGAGUCAUACCGGGGCUACUUGCAAUGUUUUCAAUAUUUUCACAGUGCCCAUUCUAAAUUCAAUAAACUCUUCAAGACUGUUUACCCGAAUGGUCUCCAGUCCUACGCAACUCCGGCGACAACUCCUCUACCAUCGCGUAGAGGCUCUGAUGGAAGUUUGCGUUCUUCAGUGAUACAAUCUAAGCCAACUACUACGCCUAAGUCAGGCUUCUUCAGCAGGUGGUUCACUCCAUCGACUUCAAUUGCUGCCCCAGGGACGAUCACAAAUCCGCCAAGCGGGCCCGUCGAGGAACUCGUAUUGUCCGGAACUGCGUUCGGAUAUGGGUUGUUUAACCUGGUGCUUUCUCUCUUACCUGCAAAGAUUAGAAAUGUGGUCGGUUUUCUUGGCUUCAAUCACGAUCGCAAACUAGCUCUACAGGCUCUUGCAGUUUCUGCCGCAAGGAAUGAUAUUCAUUCCGUGUUUGCUGGGUUGGUUCUAAUGACCUACCACGGAGUCGUUCUUCUCCUUUCUGGAUAUCAGGCAGAUGAGGCGCACAUUAUCAAACAGUACAAGGCCAUAGUUCAAAGAGUAGAUGGCCGAUACCCUGAUGGUUCCUUGUGGAUCCUGAAUAAGGCAAAGAUACAGCGCAUGACAUAUGAUACCGAAGGCGCGAUUGAGACCUUGAGAGAUGGUUUGAAGCCUGAGAGGAAAAAGUCUUUCCCCCAGGCUGACACAUUACUCACAUUUGAGUUGGCCUGGACACUUCUUUCGCAUCGUCGUUACGAAGAAACGGCAAAGCAGUUCCUUGGCAUUACUAAACUCAAUAGCUGGAGUCACGCAACAUACUACUUCAUUGCAGCUGGCUGCUACUUCUCAUUGAAAAAUUACAAUAGAGCCCAGAAGCUUUUGGACAAAAUUCCCGACCAGCUCGACAAACGGAAGCUGUCAGGUAGAGAUAUGCCUACAGAAAUUUUCAUCAAGAAAAAGCGUUCGUUGUCCUCUGAAACCAAUCCUUUGACAUUUAAUGAACCUCACAUUGGAAUAGUGGCUUUCUACAAGAGAAAGCAGGCUCGUCUUGGGGGAGAUGAGAAUCGAUUUGUAGAGGCUAUCAAAAUCAGUCCCGCAGAAGAGAUUGCUAUCUUCUGGAAUACCCACGCACGUAUAGAGAACUCCAUUGCCAUAGCGCAUAUCCAGGAGUGGUCUUCCCUGACCCCAACUAUCACUGAUAUCGAGAGCAAGUAUCUAGCGACACAUGUUCCAAAGACCGAAAAAGACGACCUCGAUACUGUUGACGAGCUUGCAAUACGCUCGCUCCUUCUCGGCAUCGUCCACCGUACUCUCGCCGAGUAUGUGGCUGCGCGCGCAUUCCUCCUCGAUGCGCUACAAAGAGCCCCUGAUGUCGAGAUCAGUUCAUGGGUUGGGGGCGUUUCCGCCUUCGAGCUCGCCGUGCUCGAUUUGAAGGAAGCAGAAUCGAAGGCUGCAGACAUGAAGCCAGAGGAAGCCAUGACGAUGUGGGAAGGCGUGCUCGCGAGCGCUAGCGAGAAACUAGACCAAGCAUAUACAAUGUCCACAAAGCAGACGGACCUAUCAUCGAGGCUUGAUAGCCGAAUUGUCAUGCUCAGGAAUGAGAUUUGUGACAAGCGUGGAUUGCUUGGGCUUCCUGCAUGA